AGUCCCCUCUUCUUUCCCUCAAAAUUGAACCCUCAAUUUCUCUCUCUAGUUUUACUUGGACAAGAGAAAAUCGCCGUCUCUUUCAUCUCUUUAUUUUUUUUUUCUUUCCAAAAAAUUAAAAAAUAGCAGCUGCUGCUGCUGCUUUAGCCCCGCCAUGUCCGCUAUUGCUACUUCUGCUGCUCUCUUUUUUCCUUUCUCUUUUUGCCGCUCAACUAAGACUUAUACUACUAGAAAGUGUUUCAAAGGUGGAUUUGGAGUGUUUGCAGUGUAUGAGGAGGCGGCGGGUACUGAGUUAUCAAACAAGAAGAGCUCCUGGUUGACAAUCUUUGAUGUAGAAGAUCCAAGGUCAAAAUUCCCUCAGUCUAAAGGGAAGUUCCUGGAUGCAAAUCAAGCUUUAGAAGUUGCUAGAUUUGAUAUACAGUAUUGUGAUUGGCGAGCUCGUCAAGACGUACUUACAAUAAUGCUCCUGCACGAAAAGGUUGUGGAAGUAUUGAAUCCUCUAGCACGGGAGUAUAAAUCUAUUGGAACUGUGAAGAAGGAACUUGCGGAUUUACAAGAAGCACUUUCUCAAGCCCAUAAAGAGGUACAUAUAUCUGAGGUGCGGGUUUCUGCUGCUUUAGAUAAGCUAGCUUACAUGGAAGCGUUGGUUAAUGAUAGGCUACUACCAGAGAGGACUACAGAAGAAUCAGAUUCCCCGUCUUCAUCCCCCGGUACAUCUACAGUAUCUAGAGAUAAUGUUAAAAGCAAGCAGCCUAGAAGAUCCCUCAAUGUGUCAGGUCCUAUUCAGGAAUACAGCCCCCAUUUGAAGAACUUCUGGUAUCCUGUUGCUUUCUCCGCUGAUAUUAAGGAUGAUACCAUGAUACCAAUUGAAUGCUUUGAGGAACCAUGGGUGAUUUUUCGUGGAAAAGAUGGAAAACCUGGAUGUGUCCGGAACACAUGUGCACAUAGAGCCUGCCCCCUUCAUUUGGGUUCAGUGAAAGAGGGUCGAAUCCAAUGUCCUUAUCAUGGGUGGGAAUAUUCAACAGAUGGAAAAUGUGAGAAAAUGCCAUCAACAAAAUUUCUGAAUGUCAAGAUCAAAUCUCUGCCAUGCUUUGAGCAAGAAGGAAUGAUAUGGAUUUGGCCUGGAAAUGAUCCUCCUACAGCCACUCUUCCUUCUCUACUUCCACCUUCUGGAUUUCAAAUCCAUGCAGAGAUAGUGAUGGAACUUCCCGUGGAACAUGGGUUGCUUUUAGACAAUCUGUUGGAUCUUGCCCAUGCGCCUUUCACCCAUACAUCUACGUUUGCUAAAGGAUGGAGUGUCCCAAGCUUUGUAAAUUUUUUGACUCCGGCAUCUGGUCUGCAAGGAUAUUGGGAUCCUUAUCCAAUAGAUAUGGAAUUUCGACCACCUUGUAUGGUUCUAUCAACCAUUGGAAUCUCAAAGCCAGGCAAAUUGGAGGGGCAGAGCACCAGAGAGUGCUCUACACAUCUUCACCAACUUCAUGUAUGUUUACCUGCAUCUCGACAGAAGACAAGGUUGCUAUAUAGGAUGUCACUGGAUUUUGCUCCCAUAUUAAAACACAUGCCUUUCAUGCAAUAUGUGUGGAGGCAUUUCGCUGAACAGGUUUUAAAUGAAGACCUACGGCUUGUGAUUGGUCAACAAGACCGGAUGCUCAAGGGUGCUAACAUUUGGAACCUGCCUGUAUCAUACGAUAAGCUAGGAGUGAGGUAUAGAAUAUGGAGAGAUGCUGUAGAGAGUGGAGCAAAGCAAUUGCCAUUCAGCAAAUGAAAACAUGGAACUAAUCCAUGGAUAGAUUUUACAUCUCAAGAUGAUUGAUCAUACAUUCUAAACAACCUUAGCUCUCUGAAGAACUUCAGUUGCCGAGAAUCUUAGUUUGGUAUAUAACACGAUUGCCACACUUGUUGCUCUGAGGAUAUACCAGAGCAUCUUGAAAAUGAGAUGAUUUCAGUAUAGCUUCCCUUGUAAAAAUUAAACUGUACACUAAUUGUUUUUAGGUUCAUGUACAGUUUAAACACCCUUGACCCCUGCCCAUCAAUUCUUUCAUGUUUUCCCUAGUAUGCCUCCUAGAAAAUGUGCAGGCUCUAUUGAAAGUCAUGGAAAUGGUCCUCCAACUUGUAUCAUAGUAUCAAUCUUUUCGAAUUUUUGAAUUGAAUACACAAUUUUUUCGCCAAAAUGAAACGAGAAGAUCUGAUUGUCUA